GCGUGGCUGUGGGGAGGGCGCGGACCGACAGACCGACCCCGCCGGGAUGGGGGGUGUGGCUGCUCCGCCAGGGUCCUACGGGUGGGUGAGCGGCUCCGCGACCACCGGUGGCGGGAGCCCCUUCGCCUUCUGCUAGAGAUGCUCUUCCUCUCGUUUCAUGCAGGCUCCUGGGAAAGCUGGUGCUGCUGCUGCCUGAUUCCAGCCGACACACCUGGGGACCGGGGCCGGCGCUGGCGGCUGGAGAUGGCGGACACGAGAUCCGUGCAUGAAACCAGGUUUGAGGCGGCGGUGAAGGUGAUCCAGAGUUUGCCGAAAAAUGGUUCGUUUCAGCCAACGCAUGAAAUGAUGCUCAAGUUCUACAGCUUCUAUAAGCAGGCGACUGAAGGACCCUGCACACUUUCGAGGCCUGGAUUCUGGGACCCGGUUGGAAGAUAUAAAUGGGAUGCUUGGAGUGCAUUGGGGGAUAUGACCAAAGAGGAAGCCAUGAUUGCAUAUGUUGAAGAAAUGAAAAAGAUUCUUGAAACUAUGCCCAUGACUGAGAAAGUUGAAGAAUUGCUACAAGUUAUAGGUCCAUUUUAUGAAAUUGUAGAGGACAAAAAGAGUGGCAGAAGUUCUGAUUUAACCUCAGAUCUUGGUAAUGUUCUAACUUCUACUCCAAAUGCCAAAACUAUUAAUGGUAAAGCUGAAAGCAGUGAUAGUGGAGCUGAGUCUGAGGAAGAAGAGGCCCAAGAAGAAGUAAAAGGAGCAGAACAAAGUGAUAAUGAUAAGAAAAUGAUGAAGAAAUCCUCAGACCAUAAGAAUUUGGAAAUUGUCGUCACUAACGGCUAUGAGAAAGACAACCUUGUUCAGGACGUACAGAAUGAUAUUCAUGCCCCUUCUUCCCUGAACGGCAGAAGCGCUGAAGAAGUGCAACCUGUAGAUCCAAACUUGGAGCCAACGGGGGAAACCACUGUCUGCGUUCAUCAAGAUAUAAACGAUGAGCACAUUGAAGAUGUUUCAGGGAUUCAGCAUUUGACGAGUGAUUCAGACAGUGAGGUUUACUGUGAUUCGAUGGAGCAAUUUGGACAAGAAGAGUCUUUAGAUAGCAUUACAUCAAACAAUGGACCAUUUCGGUAUUACUUGGGUGGUGAUCCCAAUCAUCCCUUGGAAAAUUCUGGUUUUCCGGAAGCUGUUCAAAUAUCUCCUGGAAAUGGCAACGUUGGGGAUGUGCAGGUGGCAGCAGUCGAAGGAAAAGGUGAAGUAAAGCAUGGAGGAGAAGAUGGCGGAAGUAACACUGGGGCACCACACCGUGAGAAACGGGGUGGAGAAAAUGAAGAAUUCUCUAAUGUCAGAAGAGGGAGAGGGCAUAGGAUGCAACAUUUGAGCGAAGGAGCCAAGGGUCGGCAAGUGGGAAGUGGAGGUGAUGGAGAGCGCUGGGGUUCAGACAGAGGGUCAAGAGGCACCCUCAAUGAGCAGAUCGCUCUCGUGCUCAUGCGACUGCAGGAGGACAUGCAGAAUGUCCUUCAGAGACUUCAUAAACUGGAAACACUGACGGCUUCGCAAGCAAAAUCUUCAACAUUACAAACUAGGAAACAGCCCCCUUCACAGAGACCAUCUUGGUGGCCCUUUGAGAUGUCUCCGGGUACACUGGCUUUUGCUAUCAUCUGGCCGUUCAUUGCCCAGUGGUUGGUGCAUCUCUAUUAUCAAAGAAGAAGAAGAAAACUGAACUGAAGAAAUGGUGUUUUACUCAAGAAGACUUCUGGGCCUGAUGACCUCGGAAUGGAAUGGAUUGUGGAGCUCACGAGAAAAUCUUAGUUUGUGAUGAUUACACUUCUUUCUGUUGUCUAGUAGUUUGGUUUGUGUACAUAUAUACAUAUAUAUAUUUUGCACUACACAAAUGAUAACAUUUUAAGGACUAAUAUUGUUAAUACUUGAAUAAUCAAUCUCAACUAGGUUAUAAAUGGCAUACAUAGAUUUACCCUUGAACUCGAAGGACAUUAAAUUAUUAAUUAUUGUUUGGUAACCUGUUUACCUGAUUAUCUCCCAUAGAGAAAUAUAAGCAGCUUUUCCAAGCUACUGUUGUAAUAAUGAGAUCAGAUUUAUAACCGGGUAUUUUUAAUUUUCUAAAUUAAAUAUGAGCAAGAAUGCAAACCAGGAGUGAAUUUCAAAUGAGGUUAAAUGGACUUUAUAUCUUAGUCACUGCAUUGCCAUGCCAAGGAGUAGAAGACUGCGGGAAGAAAAGUCUCCACGUGCUCUUGGUGGGCGGUCCGUGAUCUUGGACACGCACAGCGCAGAUGUACUGUUCAGGCAUCUUCGUUACAAAGCAGAGUCCUGUGUACUAGGCUUAGUUUUUACAGGUGAUUCACAGAAUAGACAUAACCUGCUGAUGGAAAUGAUGACACAUGGGCUUAAAGUAGGUUUGAAAUGUAUUCUGAGCCUGCAGAUCAUUAAUAAGAUUUUUAUUCAGUCAUAUCCAUUUAUUCCUUUGUAAUCAUUUCUCUUUAACUGAGGAUAUCUUGUUUCUGCUUCAUAGGGUGCUUUGAAAUAUAAAAUGAAAACUUAUUUAUACUGUUUUUACAAACGGCAAAAAGGAAACACAUGAAAAUCACUUUUCUGCAACUGGUAAACUACACAGCCUGGACUCUUAACCUCUUAGUGCCUCAGUUUCUCCUUCGGUGUAUAAUAUCUGAGAUGAAGCUGUUUCACAGGGGGAUUGGAAGGGUUUGCAAGCCAGCAGGCCAUAUGCUUCUGUAUGAAGAGGGCAUCCCCAGCUAAUGUCAGUGUGUGUCUCUCUGCCCCACCUCCUGUGUUUAGAUGAAGACGACGACUGUAAUUUAGAUCCUUGAAGGCUUCGUUUGGGAUUAUUCUUCCUGUAUAUCUUCCAAAACUCCCUGCUUAUUUAGAUGUACCUUGUACUUUAAAGAUUUUUCUGAUUCAAAGGCUUAGUAGCAAAUAAUUUUUAAGCAUUCUUGGUAUGUAUGAUGUUGGGUUUAGCAUCAUGUGUUCAGAGUUUUCAAGAAGAGAGAAGGUAAUCUAUUCCUAGUAUAGAGCAUGGAUCUUUCUUUGGCUGAAGAACAAAGUGUAAGAAUACAAUUGGCUUUUCCCAAGACUCUUUUUUCUGUAUUUUUUUCCUUUCAUGUAACGUGAUGUUUUUUAUUUUUUAAUCCCAUCUUGAUUAAAAUCUGUCUGUCUAAAGGGAUCUACUAAUAUUUGCUUUUAAAAAACUGUCCUCUAUUUAUUUAGGAAAAAAAUGAAGCAAGUAACUGAAUUAUUCGUAAAAGUAAAGUUUAGACCUGUGGAUCAGGGAUUAUUUUCAAAAAUUAGAUAUCACUCUGGUAUCAGGAAAUGGUGGCUUUUCUCUUAGGACGUAAAUAAAAUGCAAAUUAAGAAUGUAAGCAUUUAUUAUUCAUUACAAGCAGUCGGGGUUAACUAAUUCCUGGGAAUAACCAUUUGUAUCCUGUUCCAAAGUCUUAUUUUAUAGUUUGAAAAGCACUUUGCACACCGUUCUUGUAUAUAGAAGUAAAGAUGUAAUUAUAAGAUAUAGUGUUAAUGCUUUGUUUAAUAAGAACCUCAUUUAAAAUUUUAAAUUGACAGCAAUGGUAUUUUUUUAAUGAUCUACUUCUUUUCUGUUUCUUUGUUGUAAAACUAAGUUAAAAAUAAAAGGUUAAUGAGAAA